AUGAAGACUACCUCAGCCCUUGCUGGUGCGUCAUUGGGCUUUCUCAAGCAUCAGCAGGAACGACUGAAAAUAGAAGAUGAAGUGUCACUUCGCACUUUUCUUUCUAUCCUGUGUGCCAAAGUCUUGAAGCAGUACUACAAGAGAACAAAGGAGCAAGCUCGAUCGCCAACUGCAUUAUACGAAUCCAAUGAUCGUAUGGUUCCUGUCAACUAUCUCAUCAGCAAAACAGAGCUCUCUCAUUCCUACGAUGUUCACAAGUUUGUUCUUCAAGCUGAGCGCGUUGCGAAAUGGUUCGAUUGCAUCAAAGGAUUCUGUUAA